AGGAAUGGACUCUAAUCAUGUAUGUUUAUGGUUCGCGGACGAAGCGAGUGGUGCAAAGUGUAAACAACGAUGGCGGCCGGCAUCGCACGCGUGGAAGAGUUAAUUAAAUAUUUUAAAUCCCAUAAUAAGAUUCGGGAGCAGCAGAGUCACUCGGCGAAGGUACACAGCGUGGGAUGGAGCUGUGACGGCAAAUACCUGGCCUCGGGCUCCUUCGACAAGUCCGUCUGCAUAUUUUCUUUGUGUCCUGAUCGUUUGAAACAGGAAACAACUUUUAGAGGACAUGGUGGUAGUGUGGAUCAGUUAUGCUGGCACGCCUUCUAUCCAGAAUUAUUGUCCACAGCGAGUGGAGAUAAGACAGUUCGUAUCUGGGAUACAAGGACCCAAAAAUGUACAGCGAACAUUAGUACAAGAGGGGAGAAUAUCAACAUAUCGUGGUCGCCAGAUGGUAACACAAUUGCUGUUGGAAAUAAAGAAGAUUUAGUAACCUUUAUUGAUGCCCGGGUGAUGAAGAUACGCGCAGAGGAGCAGUUUAACUUUGAAGUGAACGAGAUUUCGUGGAACAAGGACUCGGACACAUUCUACCUGACGAAUGGUCAAGGUUGCGUGCACAUUCUUAGUUAUCCCGAGCUGGAAUUGUUGCACGUAAUCAAAGCGCAUCCUGGUACGUGUAUCUGCAUUGAGUUCGACCCGACUGGCCGGUAUUUUGCCACCGGAUCCGCAGACGCCCUGGUCUCUCUGUGGGACGCCGAUGAACUCUGUUGUUUGAGGACAUUUUCGCGGCUGGAAUGGCCAGUGCGUACUAUUUCUUUCUCAUUUGAUGGACAAUUGUUGGCGGCGGCGUCCGAAGACUUAGUUAUAGACAUCGGCGAGGUGGAGACUGGUGAAAAGAUCGCCGACGUCCCGGUGGAGGCGGCGACAUUCACUGUCGCCUGGCAUCCUAAACAAUAUCUUCUAGCUUACGCGUGCGACGACAAGGACACUUACGAUCGGAAGCGCGACGCAGGAAGCUUAAAAGUGUUUGGCUUCGCAAACGAUUGAGCGAUCAUUCUAUAUAAAAUAAGAUAAUCUAUUGAGUGCACAAUGCGUACACAUACAUGAGUCAAGUACGAAGAAUGAUCGCUCAAUCGUUUGCGAAGCCAACUGUCCUUUUUUUUUUUUUUUUUUUUUUUUUUUU